CACAUACUCCUCUUACACCUGAUGGCUGCCCAAACUUACGCAGCCCUUCUGCGGCAACGCUAUCCCUUUCGUUCGCCAACGGCGUCUGUGGACCACCUGGUAGUCGGUGGGGGCGUGCUAGGGCUUGCGAUCGGCGCGGGGCUAGUGAACACUGCUGGUGCCCGCACGACAUUUGUUGUCGAGCGCCGGGGACUGCUGGGGCAGGAGAACACCGCGCGCAACUCUGAAGUCAUCCACUCUGGCAUCUAUUACCCCGUGGGCAGCCUGAAAUCGCGCUUGUGCAUCCGCGGCCGAGACUUGUUGUACGAACGCUGCGCUGCGCUGGACAUUAGACACCGUAAAACAGGCAAGCUGAUUGUCGCGACCGACAGGACGCAGAUCCCCUACCUCGACACCCUCUCGACGCACACUCAGCAUCCGUCGUUCUCGACGGGGCGCGAACCUUCUGCUAGGCGGCCAGACAGCGUCAUUCCUGCCUACUUUCUGAGCGGGCAGGAGGCACGCGAGCUUGAGCCUGACCUUAGCCCGGACGUCUGUGCAGCGCUUCUCGUCACAGAGACAGGCAUUGUGGACAGCGCCGGACUCGUGGACAGUCUGGCGCGAGAAAUUGAGGAGGAUGACUAUCUCUCCUCUUCUUCCCACUCUGGCGUAGGUGUGGGGUUGGCGAACUCGGGGAAGAAUAAGAUGGAAAGAGGAGAGGGAGUCAUCGUUCGCGGAACCCGGGUUGUUCGAAUCGAUCCCGCUGAGGACGGUGGCUGGGUCGUCCAGCUUGAGAGCGGGUGGGGCGGCGCUGAGAAGGGCGACGUCGAGGCUGUCCACGCGAGCGUGGUGGUUGAUGCUGCGGGCCUGAACGCGGCCUCACUAGUCAACGAAAUCCUACCAGAGGAGGAGCGGUGGGAAAUGUGGAUCGCGAAAGGCAACUACAUGAAGUACACUGGACCUGGCGCCAAUGUGCAGCACCUCAUCUACCCGUGCCCGUCGGCAUCGCUUGAUUCUCUGGGAACGCACUUGACUUUCGACCUGGAUGGCAACAUACGCUUUGGUCCUGACGCCGAGCCUCUGCUUUCCGCGCAGCACUCCGCCGCGAAUCCUGAUUACUGGCAGGAGGGCAAAUAUCUCGCACCAUCUGCGGGUAACCUGACAUCCAUUGCGGAGGCCGCACAGCGAUACCUCCCAGGUAUCGAUGCGUCCAAGUUGGCGCCUGAUUAUGCUGGAUUUAGGCCCAACAUUCGUCCUCCAGGUGCAGGCUUCUUUGACUUCAUCGUGCGACAUGCGCCCACGCGCAAGGGGCUAGUCGAGUGUCUCGGGUUUGCCAGCCCAGGGCUGACCAGCUCCUUGGCCGCAGGCGAGUACGUUGCUAAGCUUGUUGGGCGGGAUGUUUGGAGUAACAGUGCGCCCCUCGAACAGCUCGCGGAGGGGUGGGAGCUAUAGUGCAGUGUGAUAAUGAUGAUGAUGCCAUGCCCUGCAC